CAAGAUGGCCGCGCCCAUGGAUUUUUGUGUGGCUGUGAAAAAAGAGGACGCCCAAAACGUUCGAAAGAAAUUCGAAACGUCGGGCUUAUUCGACAGAUCAAGGAGGAUUCAAGUCCUAACAGAUGGAGAAGCCGUAAUUCCCCUGAAGACUUGCUCAUGCACAGAAAUAAAUGAUGUUUUAGGAGGUUUGGAACACCGAGUUUUGGAUGAUGCCCCCCUCCCACCAUCUAGAAGAAAACAACACAUUUCCCCUCAACAACGACUGCGGACAGCCAUCUCUAAGUUUUUGGACGCAGAAGAGUUCGAUGACGAGCUGGGAAGGGACAUUCCAACGAAAUGGGAGAAACACGGGGACCUCAUCCUUUUGCCAGAUUUUUGUUUUAGAUCUCCCAGAUGGAGAGACAUGAUCCAUGCUAAGGUUCACCAGCAGGGCUGUGAGAGUGAAGGACAGUUGUGUCAGAUGUGUGGAUGUUUCUGGCAGCUGGUAGCUGAGUCCCUGGGGGGCACCAGACUGGCCAGGAGAGGGAACAUACAGGACGACCCCUACAGGUCACCCAGGAUGGAGCUGUUGCUAGGUAACCAUGGAUGGGUGGAGCACACAGACAAUGGGAUCAGGUACACCUAUGAUGUGACGAGGUGCAUGUUCUCUCCUGGUAACAUCACAGAGAAGCUGCGUGUAGCCAGGAUGGACUGUGAGGGGGAAACAGUCGUGGACCUAUACGCAGGUAUUGGGUACUUCACCCUGCCCUUCCUGGUUCAUGGGAAGGCAGCAGAGGUGCACGCCUGCGAGUGGAACCCUGCAGCUGUGGAGGCACUGAGGAGGAACCUGCAGCUCAACAAGGUCCAGGACAGAUGCAUAGUUCACCAUGGGGACAACAGAGAGGUGUGUCCGCGAGGCGUGGCAGACCGUGUAAACCUUGGACUGAUACCCUCCUCCCGGGACGGCUGGCCCGUGGCUUGCGCUGCCCUGAGACCGGACACAGGAGGCAUCCUGCAUAUUCACGAAAACGUCACGACUUUCCCCAAAAAGGGCUCAGGCAGCCAUAAAACUGGCACUCAGGAAACAAUGGCCACUACGAAGCCCACUACUUCAAAUACAUGUAACUUGAAACAAGAUUCAGACCAGCAUGUAUGCACCGAUUUUGAGAAAGAUUCACACAAAAGUAAAGGUGCUUCUUGCCAACAUACUAGUAACCUGUGUAGUUGUAGCAAAAUUGAAAAUCUUUUAGAUAAAUUUUCUGGAAAUCAACAUCUACAGAAAGGAGUGAAUGAAAGCCAAAGAUGCAGCGACAAAUGCAAACAUGGUUGCCAUGAAGUAUGUUGCAGGAAAGAAAAGCAAGCAGGUACUUCAUCUUCAGAUAGUUAUGAAGAUCUUCAAACCAACGAACAAAAUACUCAGGAAGGCAAUACAGAAAAGACAGAUGCGUCAUGUUUUCCUGCCAGUCAAGAUAGACAAACACAAAAGACAGAUUCGAAUUCUGUGAAAACAAGAGCUACAUCUGUAAAGGAGGAAUGGAAUUGUUGGGCUGAAAGUGUUGCUGACAAUGUGCAAAGCAUGUUGAUGGAGAUACAAGGAGGUACAUGGCAGACAAAGGUUUUACGUAUUGAACAUGUGAAGUCAUAUGCACCACAUGUUGACCAUCUUGUAGUGGAUUUAGAAUGUAGACCUUUACAGACAAACUGAGAUGUGCAAUUUUAUUAUCUUAUCAAUAAAAAUCAUAGAAAUGUCAUAAUCUAU